AGUAGGAGGGUGCGAGGGAAACAGACAAGGAAAAGAGUGACCUUUUGAAGGACAAGAGAAGAAGAGUGACCUUUUGAAGGACAAGAGAAGAAGAGUGACCUUUUGAAGGACAAGAGAAGGAUAAAGAGAAGAAGACGACGGCCGAAGAGAAAGACGCAGAAGAAGCAAGAGGGGAAAACACAGAGGAAGGGGACAAAGGGGAAGGAAUCACACUGAAAUCAUCUUCAGGUCAUCAUGUUUGGAGCUCACAUCCAUGCGGCAGAAAGGGCUCUCCUACUUGGUGCUUUUCUCAUGAGUCUUCUCACUCCAUGCCUCUCGGUCUACAGAGGAGGGGAGUGCUACUUCAACACCAAAGGAUUGUGUGAGUACCAAGGACAGGCGUAUGGUAUCGGAGAGAGCUGGCUAACUAAGGACUGCUACCAGUGUGUGUGCAUGGAACCAUUUGGAGUUGGCUGCUGUGAAGACGCGUCGCAGCCUGUUGAUUACCCCGACUGGUGCGAGGUCAUUAAGAAGCCAGACUCCUGCAUCAGUGUGGCGGUCAUGAGGGCCAAUCGCAAACUGCCCUGCCUCUAUGGAAAGUGGGGAAGGCUGCGAACCGAGACCUGGAAGUCGGACAACGACCCUAUGUUCUGAUCUACUGACACCUGACAGCCUGUGAUGCAGCCAAUACAGCCAAGAUUUGUGCAGGAAGUGACAAACGCACAACAAAACUCCACAAUCUGUUUAAAAACAUUUGCACACAACAACUGCAGCUAUUUGUAGAAUAUUUGACUGGUUGUCAUAUUUUAAGUUUAACAUACAUCACUAUGAAAUCCCAUGUGUCUGAACUACUGAUUGGUGAAAUAAAAAAUCUGUUUAACUACU